CUCCUUCCCUUCCUCCUCCCCCUCCUGCUGCCGCUGCCGCUGCCGCAGCCUGGGAGGCCACUUACUGCUCAUGCCUUCUCUGCUGCUCCUCUUUUUUCCUCAUUAGGUCAUGGGAAAGCAUAGCCCCGGGGCCCGGUCCAGCCUGAAUCACAGGUGACGGUGCCUGAGUACCGAGAAGCACACAUACUCACGCACAGCGCUCACGCUUACACACACGCACAAACGCCCAGUGUGAGGAUCCGAAGACGGAGGCAAACCCCCCGGAUGCGAAUGGGGGGAAAGAGAGCCACCUGGGAGCUGGCAGGAGGCCAAGCGGUGAUGAAAGCCCCAGAGAAUGGAAACAAAAAAACGAGGGCUUUUGUAAUCGCUACGCCCACUAGCCGGGCUAUAAAGGCUGGGGGAGAAGAGCCACGCUCACACACACCUCCCAGGGCCAGCUCCUCCUCGCGUGCCUGAAAACACAGUAGACCUCCUCUCUCUGCCUCAUCAUGGCCACCACCACCAUCCGCCAGUACACCACCUCCAGCUCCAUCAAGGGCUCUUCCGGCCUGGGCGGCAGCUCCUCCCGAGCCUCCUGCCGGGCCCCAGGCAGCUUUGGUUCUGCCUCCUCCUCUAGGCUGGUGUCCGGAGGGAGCCUGGGGGGAGGCUAUGGAGGCAGCAGCUACUCUAGUGGGUACAGCUUCAGCAGCGGGAUGGGGGGCAGCUAUGGAGGCAGCUUCGGGAGUGUGGACGGCCUCCUGGCUGGUGGGGAGAAGGCCACCAUGCAGAAUCUCAAUGACCGUUUGGCUAGCUACCUGAACAAGGUGCGUGCCCUGGAGGAGGCCAACACCGACCUGGAACUGAAGAUCCGGGACUGGUACCAGAAGCAGGCACCUGGGCCAGCCCGGGACUACAGCGCCUACCAUCAGACCAUCGAGGACUUGAAGAAUAAGAUCCUCACAGCUACUGUGGACAAUGCCAACAUCCUUCUGCAGAUUGACAAUGCCCGUCUGGCUGCUGAUGACUUCAGGACCAAGUAUGAGACAGAGCUGGCCCUGCGUACCAGUGUGGAGGCUGAUAUCAAUGGCCUGCGAAGGGUGCUGGAUGAGUUGACCUUGGCCAGGGCUGACCUAGAAAUGCAGAUUGAAAAUCUGAAGGAGGAGCUGGCAUACCUGAAGAAGAACCAUGAUGAAGAGAUGAAUGCCCUAAGAGGCCAGGUGGGUGGUGAGAUUAACGUGGAGAUGGAUGCAGCACCUGGUGUGGACCUGAGCCGAACCCUGUCUGAGAUGCGAGACCAGUAUGAGAAGAUAGCAGAGAAGAACCGCAAGGAUGCUGAGGACUGGUUCUUCAGCAAGACUGAAGAGCUGAACCGAGAAGUCGCUACCAACAGUGAGCUCCUACAGAGUGGCAAGAGUGAGAUCUCUGAGCUCCGUCGCAGUGUCCAGGCCCUGGAGAUUGAGCUGCAGUCCCAACUCAGCAUGAAAGCCUCCCUGGAGGGUAGCCUGGCUGAGACAGAAAGCCGCUACUGUGUCCAGCUGUCCCAGAUCCAGGGGCUCAUCGGCAGCGUUGAGGAGCAGCUGGCUCAGCUCCGCUGUGAGAUGGAACAGCAGAACCAAGAGUACAAGAUCCUCCUGGAUGUGAAGACCCGCCUGGAGCAGGAGAUCGCCACCUACCGCCGCCUGCUGGAGGGGGAGGAUGCCCACCUGUCUCAGUACAAGCCCAAAGAACCUGUGACCACUCGCCAGGUGCGCACCAUUGUGGAGGAGGUGCAGGAUGGCAAGGUCAUCUCUUCCCGGGAGCAGGUCCACCAAUCCACCCGCUAAGACCUAGUAACCUGAGGGAACCUCAUUGGCCCAAGGGAGAAACAACAGGAAAGUCACUUUUCAGUGACCUCGCUUGGGACCCUCCUUCAGCUUCCUGAUGUAGCCUUUCUCCCUCCCCCAGCUCAUGCCUCUGAUUUUCAGAUUCCUACCUUUCCAACUAAUAAAGCUUGUUGACUUAGAACAA